UCUUUGCUUGACAGCCGAAGAAGAAUAAGAACAGAAGAAGAAGACGCUGUUUAGCUGUAUUAUGACAUGUACUCGAACAAGUUUAGCCGCCUCAUGUUUGGGCAGUUUAACCUUAAACCGACCUCUGUGUGCACCGCGGUGUGGACGGCCGCGGGGCGGAGGGGGUUCAGCUGGACUGCGGUGUGUAAACAGCGGACAUUGUGGAUGCGGAGGGGUGCUUGUCUGCAGAUGGAGCGUCGCGAUGAACUCCGUCACACCGGUGCUCGCUCAGUCUCCCAAAGCACAGUGGACCCGGCUGAGUUGAGGAGGUUCCAGUUACUGGCCAACAAGUGGUGGGAUGAACAGGGGGACUUUGCUGCUCUUCAUGCCAUGAACGACCUCAGGGUGCCUUUUGUACGGGAUAAUUUGUUGAACGUGCACAGAGCGCAUCAUCUUGGGAAACCACUCGCUGGACUGAGGAUCAUGGAUGUUGGAUGUGGGGGAGGUCUGCUCACAGAGCCACUGGGUCGCCUGGGAGCCAACGUGCUGGGUAUCGAUCCAGUAGAAGACAGCAUCAACAUUGCCCAGCUGCAUUCAUCACAUGACCCAGACCUCACUGACUCUGUGUCCUACCGGGCAUGCACCCUGGAGGAGCUCUCAGGUGUGGAGGAGGGUGAGCAGGGAAGGGGCAUGUUUGACGCCAUCGUGGCAUCUGAGGUCGUGGAACAUCUGGCCGACUUGGAAACGUUUGCCUUCUGCUGCAACAGCGUGCUGAAGCCAGGCGGCUCACUCUUCAUCACCACUAUAAAUAAAACCAACCUGUCAUACGCUCUGGCCAUCGUCGUGGCUGAGCAGCUGCUUCGCAUUGUUCCCAGGGGGACACAUGACUGGGAAAAGUUCAUCACUCCAGAAGAGCUGGAGCGCCUCCUGGAGUCCAAUGGAUUCUCAGUUCAGUCUGUCCAAGGAAUGAUGUACAACCCCAUGUCUGGAGCCUGGAGCUGGACCAACAGCACUGCCAUCAACUACGCCCUGCACGCAGUCAAACAGAGUGACGAAGCCUCAGACAGCAUCUUCCAUCCAGAGGACCAUGCUACUGCCACACACAACUGAGCAACUCCAAGACACAGCAUAUCAGAAAAUCAAAAUAUUCAUUCAGAUGUAAGGAUGGAGUCCUGGCGUCUCAUUGGCCGGUACACAAGACUGAGUUUAUUCAAGGAAAGAGACAAACAGCCUCCAGAUAUGAAGAAAUGGGCUCUGUGUUGUUAAAUAAACAUGAAGUAUUUGGUAAA